AUGGAUCAACGUACCAGACUUUUAUCUGGUACAGAAAGAUUAGCCGAUAGUAGUAAGCGUUUACAAGAUAGUCAUAGGGUUGCUUUGGAAAUAGAAACAAUUGGUGCAGAUAUAUUGGAAGAUAUUCAUAAACAACGUGAACAAAUUUUACAUACUAGAAAUACAUUAACGGAAGCCGAUUCUUAUGUUGAUAAAGCACAGCGUACUUUAAAGAAUAUGACUCACCGGUGA